GUUAACUUCGCAACAACCCACAAUGUUGAAAACCUCUAUCUAGAACUUGAUAGUACAGAGAUGCCCUAUUAUGAUCAUUAUAAGUUGUCUCAAAGUUUAUGCACUCACUCGUCGUUAAAGACAUUGGCUCUAAGAUUUUGUAAGUUUGAACCAAAACCUUGUAUUCGUUGGACUUCGCUCAGAGUAUUAUGUAUUACUUAUGCUAGGUUGACCCGUGAUAUGAUACGUAAGAUUUUGUUGGGUAGUCCUGCUCUUACAGAUUUGAGAUUGUAUAACUUUGAGUUUCAAGGUAAGGUAGGUAAGAAUGUGGUCACUAUUAAUUCUACAAGCCUGCAAAAAUAAGAGCUAGAUGGAGGUAAAGAUCUAUGCAGUGAAGACUUUUCUGUUGUAGUAAUUUUGGCUCCUAAUCUUCGGUCGCUAAGUAUAUCCGGGUUAAUGUAUAGAAGGAGGUUUCGGUUGAGGAAUGUAUCAUCUUUGGUUGAAGCUAAACUCAGUUUCGAGAGGACAAUGACUGAUCAUGAAAGAGAAUCUUGUUACUCAAAGAAUCGGAGUGUGUUAACGAAACUUCUUGUAUCGCUUCUUCAUGUUCCCAAAAUCACCAUAUCAACCUGGUGUCUUCAGGUCUUGAGUCUCUUGACAAUAUUGGAAGUGAAAGCUUUGCCAUCUCCAUUGGCAGAGCGCAAAUGUUUGGUCUUAGACACAGAGCUUAACAAAUGGGACCUUCCAGGGAUCACUAACCUGCUUCAAAGUUCACCUGAUUUGGAGAAACUGGUUGUAAACUUGGUACCCUCCUGCAACUCUAAGUUGGAGUUUAAGCCAGAAUUUAUCAACGAUUAUAACUUCGAUCACGAGGAGUUUUGGAAUUCGAAAAGGACAUUUGAGUGUUUGUCUCUGCAUCUUAAGACGGUUGAGAUUGUUGGGUUUGAAGCAAAGUGUUUUGGGUUGCCAUUUGUACUUGGGUUUGUACAGUUUCUGCUUAAGCAUGCAAGGGUGCUAGAGAAGAUGGUUAUAUAUGAAAAAAGAGAGGCUACUAAUCAAACCCCGACUCUUGUGGAGGCACGUGAAUUUCUGCAGGUCACUCAACUAAUUUUAUCAUACCAAAAAUCCUCUCCAAAUGCCGUGGUUAUGUUCUCUUGAGGAUCUGUCAGAAUUCUCAUAAACAACAAUUUCAUAGAUUACUAUCACAUUAGUUCAUAUAUAGAGAUUUUCCUUCUUGAACAUAACUUUAUGAUCUAGCUUUUUCAAUAGUCUGUCCUCAAAAUGUAGUAGUGUCAUCUUCUUAAUAUUAAGCUUGUUCUAUUACACCAUCGAAUUUGUGGAUGUAUG